GCGCGCCUUAGACGCACGCCGUUAUCCCUCGGCAGCGUGCGGACACAAAAUAGCAGCGGUGGUCGGCCGUGACGUAAAAAGAUCGCGUCGUAGUUUACUGCGUCCAGCCUCCGCGAGAAGGAAUGUUCGCCCAUCGAAGGCAUGGUGCGCCGCAGUUGCGUGUUGUUCAGAAAGUAUGGAAACUUCGUUGAUAACCUGAGACUCUUCACAAAGGGAGGAAGUGGUGGAAUGGGCUACCCUCGCUUAGGUGGAGAAGGUGGAAAAGGUGGUGAUGUCUGGGUUGUAGCCCAUAACAAAAUGACUUUAAAACAACUUAAAGAUAAAUAUCCUCAGAAACGGUUUGUGGCUGGAGGAGGAGCAAACAGUCGAGUUAGUGCACUGAAAGGCUCUAAAGGAAAAGACUGUGAAAUUCCUGUACCCGUGGGCAUUUCAAUAACUGAUGAAAAUGGUAAAAUUAUAGGAGAACUCAAUAAAGAGAAAGACAGAAUUUUGGUAGCUGAAGGAGGUCUUGGUGGUAAAUUACUUACAAAUUUCUUACCAUUGAAAGGCCAGAAACGAGUAAUUCACCUUGAUCUAAAACUUAUAGCUGAUAUAGGCUUGGUGGGAUUCCCAAAUGCUGGAAAAUCGUCUUUGCUAAGUAAGAUUUCUCAUGCAAAACCUGCAGUUGCAGAUUAUGCAUUUACAACAUUAAAACCUGAACUUGGAAAAAUUGUGUAUAAUGAUUUCAAACAGAUAUCAGUAGCUGAUCUUCCUGGUUUAAUAGAAGGAGCACAUAUGAACAAAGGAAUGGGUCACAAAUUCCUCAAGCAUAUAGAAAGAACUAAACAACUACUUUUUGUUGUUGAUAUUUAUGGAUUUCAGCUUUCUUCCCAAACUCAAUACAGAACUGCCUUUGAAACCAUAAUACUGCUUUCAAAAGAGUUGGAGUUGUACAGAGAGGAACUUCAGACGAAACCUGCACUGCUGGCAGUUAAUAAAAUGGACUUGCCAGAUGCUCAAGAUAAAUUCCAAGUACUGAUGAACCAACUCCAGAAUCCUAGAGAUUUUUUGCAUUUAUUUGAAAAAAACAUGAUUCCAGAGAGGACUGUGGAGUUCCAGCACAUCAUCCCCAUCUCUGCAGUUACUGGAGAAGGAGUGAAUGAAUUAAAGAACUGUAUAAGGAAAUCUCUGGAUGAACAUGCUGACCAGGAAAAUGAUGCAUUUCAUAAGAAGCAGUUGCUUAAUUUACAUGUUUCCCAUAUAUCUUAUAGUGAGCCACCAUCAAAGAAUGCUGUGACUAGUCCCAGAAUGGAUAGAACUUAAAUCUAUAAAAAGUAAUAUUGAAACUGUGUUCAUUUGGAAGCUUUUUCACAGACAUAUUUUUUAGAAGGUUAGUUGUUACUCAUCUGGCAUAUAUGCUGUCAUUCAAGAAACAUAUUU